AAACACUACAACGGUAAAAAACUUUGAUUUUUUUUGGUUAGUCGCAGUAGUCACCGUACAAAAACCUAUAAAUAAACGUUGCAAGCAAACAUUACAUUACAAGAUUUGGCUUAUGAACGAAAUUAUUAAACGGGAAAUAAAACUUGAAUAAGAAAAAAAUUAACGAAAAUUGUUUAAAAUUUAGUAAAUAUGUAAUAAGAGACAUGUAACAAAAUUAAAAAGUAAAUAAUAUUUUUUUUGAGAUUUAUAUGAUAAUCAAAGAAGUGUAACCAAAGUGUUUUCCAAAUAAAUUUAAACCCAACAACGUUAUUUCCUUUUAAAUACAAAAAGAAAAAAAAAGAAGAAAACUGGAAUAUUGUAUCGUUGUGUAUACAAAAAAAGUUUAUCAGGUAAAAAAUGCAAUUACUUAUGUUGCAAUUGUUGGCAAUUGCUAUAAAAAUCGGAAGUUCAACGACAGCUAUCUCAACUGCAAUCAACAGUCAAGAAUCUACGACUAUCGAUGAUUUGUUGGCUUUUCCUGAUCAAAGUAUAAAGUUUAAAGAUGAUCCUCAAGUGGACUACAGUGCAAACAAAUUCCAAAUAAUACCAUGUUCCCUAAGUGAUGCCGGCAAAAACGAGUGUAUUCGUGGAUUAUUCAAUCAGGUGCUGCCUAAGCUGAAGGUGGGACUUUCCGAUUAUGGUAUGCCUUCGAUUGACCCGUAUUUUUACAAUCGUGGCAUUUUUCGUUACUCAAGUGACGGCAUACAAGGUGGUUUACUGAUUAAGAAUGUUAAUAUCCUUGGAAUUUCAAAUAUAUUCGUGAAAACAUUUACGGGAAAUUUCACCAACGAUGCGCUGAGAGUGAAAUUGGGUUUGGAAGUGAAACAAUUAAGAGCGAAUGGCGAAUUUAAAGCAGAUGUGAAAUUUGGCGGUUUAAGACUAGUGCCGAAAGGCCCUUUUAAUAUCACUUUGAAUAACGUUCGAGCUACAAUUUUAACGGAUGGCAACUUAAUUAAUAAAGAUUCUGGCUUAAGAGUACAACUCCGGCGAUUGAAUGCCAACGUUGCGGUUGGUAAUGCGAGAAUUAAUGCUAACGGUAUCUUCUCAGAUAAUAAUUUAAAUAAUAUGAUUUUAAAUUUAGUUAACGAAAACCUGUUGGAAAUAAUACGCAUUGGUAUACCGGCUACACGUGAACAAUGGGCUCCCAUUUUGGUGGAACAUAUCAAUAAGUUCUUCUCUCAGGUUCCUUCAGAGAAGUUUCUGGUGCAGUAAAACAUUCAAGCUUACAAAUAUAUAAUCAAAACCAAAUACAAGUGUUGAUACAAGUGUCGU